UAAAACACAAAAUGCUUUUGUCAAUCACCCUUCUUCUUCUCCUGAGAGAAAUAUGCAGAGAGGCAGCCACGUUGUUUUCAUUGGUCUUCCUCAAAAACCGAACUUUUUUUCUUUUUCAAAGUCAAAUUUCUCAUUUCUCUUCUCUUUGGGGUUCCUUGAUUUCCCUAUUGAAAAGCUUUCAUUCAGAUCCAUGGAAGCUAAUUCCACCAUUUCAUCCCUAAACCGUCCUCCUUUUUCACCAAAAUAACCCAAUUCCCUUCCUUCCAUUCAAAACCCAAUUUUUUCCCCUAAAAAUAAGCAACACCCAGAUCUUGAAAUCCCAUUCCCAAAAAAACCAGUCAUGAAAACCAAUUCCAAACUAUUCACCUUUGGGCUAGUAACAUCUUGGUACUCCUCCAACAUUGGUGUCUUGUUAUUGAACAAAUAUUUACUCAGCAAUUAUGGUUUCAAAUACCCAAUCUUCUUAACCAUGUGUCACAUGACGGCUUGUUCUUUGCUUAGCUACAUCGCGAUUGCAUGGAUGAAGAUGGUCCCCAUGCAAACCAUUCGAUCUAAGGUUCAGUUCCUUAAGAUCUCGGCUUUGAGUUUGGUCUUUUGCGUGUCGGUGGUGUUUGGGAAUAUUUCUCUUAGGUACCUGCCGGUCAGUUUCAAUCAAGCCGUUGGGGCCACGACGCCGUUCUUCACAGCGGUUUUCGCUUACUUGAUGACAUUGAAGAGGGAGGCUUGGCUUACGUAUAUUACCCUUAUUCCCGUUGUUACUGGGGUUAUCAUUGCCAGUGGGGGUGAACCAAGUUUCCAUCUAUUCGGUUUUAUCAUGUGCAUUUCAGCUACAGCUGCAAGAGCUCUCAAAUCGGUUUUACAAGGAAUUUUGCUUUCUUCUGAAGGAGAGAAACUGAAUUCCAUGAACCUCCUCCUUUACAUGGCUCCAAUAGCCGUUGUAUUUCUACUUCCUGCAACGCUCUUUAUGGAAGAAAACGUGGUUGGUAUUACCCUCGCCCUUGCUCGAGAUGACGUCAAGAUCAUUUGGUAUCUCUUAUUCAAUUCAGCACUAGCAUAUUUUGUGAACCUGACCAACUUUUUGGUCACGAAACACACCAGCGCCCUCACUUUGCAGGUUCUAGGAAACGCAAAAGGAGCCGUAGCUGUGGUGGUUUCAAUUUUAAUUUUUAGAAACCCAGUGUCUGUUACCGGUAUGCUUGGUUAUACACUCACAGUCUUUGGAGUUAUACUUUACAGUGAAGCCAAGAAACGAAGCAAAUGAGACGUCAUCUUGUGGACACGAUACGUGUGAUCAUUGUAUCAUCGGUCGUAUAUUUUGUUUCCUUUAUUGCAAGGACAGUGACAACAUCGAAAUAGUCAAAGUUCGGGCCAUUUUAGAUUCAAUUUUUUUUAUCCCCUGAAAGCCUGGGAAACUGGUUUUUUUCUUCUGUAUCGGAAUCGGCUGCAGUAUUAGUAAAAAAAAAAAACUAGAAAGUUUCAAUAAGUUGGCCAUUUUUAUGUUUUUUAUUCUUUCGGACAAAGUUUGUAGGUUUGGUCUUAUAUUGAUUUAAUGGGGAAAAAAAGGUCACUAAGUUUAACA